AUGGCAAGUGCACCUCCUUGUGACCUGCAUCAAACAGACGCAGUUUUUCUGUCUGCAUCUCUUCCCUUUCCUCCUUACUUACUUCUCCUCCCUCCCAUCCCUUUCUCUUUUCUCCCUUUCACCUGGCUCCUCUUCCCCUCACCUCUUCUUUUAUUGUGCAGUAAGGCAUUUUCGCUACAAUGCAACAGAUUAAUUCAACAACAGUUGCCGCAGAAUCUACCAGAGGAUUAUUUUUAUUCUUGCUAUCUGUUAUUUCUUUUAGGCUUCGACAUUUCCUUCCUUUCUUCCUUACUCCCCCUCCCUGCCUUGUUUAUCUGUCAUUUCUCUUUUAAUUGUUGUUCUUACUCCCUCUUCUUGAAAUGCGCAUUCGCCAUGUCUCUCUUUUACGGUCGUUUUCUUCAUUUUUUCUCACUCAUACAAUCUCUCUUACUCUCCCCCUCUCAUUCUCUUGUUUCUAUCCUUUUUCUUCUUUUUUUCUUGUCUAAUUUUACCACUCUUUCUUUUUUAUUUCUUUACCCUUCUUUUUCAAUUCAUCACUUUUCAAUUUUCAUUUGUUCCCCCUCUCUUUAUUAUCAUCUUUCUACUUCUUUUUCCUCUUUUACAUUCUCCCUUUUUAUCAUCAUCUAUCAUUCUCCCUCUCUUUCUUAUUUUCCUUAUUUCCUUUUUAAUUUCUACUCUCUCUCUUUCUAUUUUUUGUCUUCUUUUUUUUUUUAUCUCAUUCUCCUUUCUACAUUUUCGCCUUCCAUCUUUUUAUUCUCUUUUCUUUCUUUUUUAAUCCUUUCUCCUCUUGCGUUUGGUUUCUUCUUCUUCUUCUUCUUCUUCUUCUUCUUCUUCUUCUUCUUCUUCUUUUGUUGCUGCUGCUGCUUUACUCUUUCUUUCACCUUUUACUUCUUUUUCUUAUUUCCCUUUUUUUCUAUUCUUUAUCUUUUCGUCCUCUAA